GUGGUGGCUGGAAACGAUGAGACUGUGCCAUGGACCUUUUCUGAGAAGCGUUCUGCGCACGCGCGAGCGCCCGAUGCCAAGCGGCGGAAGUCCCACUUUAGUGGGAUACGAUAUCCCACUUUAGUGGGAUAUGUAUCAAUGAAACUUGCACUCACUUCGUGCAGGCACUGACCUCUUCAACUUAUUUAGUCGGGCAUAAAAAAUUUGCACUUGCAUUUCGGAAAAAAUAUGUCAGCGUCUUCAGUUGCUAUCUGUUUUUCCUUUUGCGUUGGCAGAAUCGAAGAAAGCACUCCUGGAAGAGAUGUCGCAGAGGAAGCGGAUGAUUAUUCCACGAAUUUUUGAGGGGCCGUUGAAAGCUUCCAUGUCAACACCUGACCCCUCAGCCAAGACUGUGAAGCAACGCAGGGCUGCCGCGAAGAAGCAACAGCUCACGAGCUUCAUCAGCAAAAGGAAGCUGGAGACCUCGAGUGACGACGAGGACCCUGAUGUCGUACCCAAGGCAAUGCUCGAGGAAGCCGAGGAGACGAUGAAGUCUCUCCGCUUAAAGUUGAGCAGGGCAAGAGAGCCAAGCAUGUGCCUCACCUGUGCUCAAACUAAGACGGAGCUCGAGCACGCCCAGGCAACAGUUCGGCGCCUGCAGGAGGUGGAGGACCUAAGGCAGACAAACACUCGUUUGACGCAUGCUGUCUUCGAUAACAUUGCAACCAGGCUUCCUCUGGGCAACAUGCCAGAUUCACCAGAGCUUGGGGAGUCAUCUGGCUCUAUAUUUACAAGGAACCAAUCACCACUGCCGAGGUGAUGCCUGCCAAGGUUACGCCUGCCGAGGUUGUUCCUGCUGAGCUGCCGCCGAACCGCACGGUUUAUAUGUGUUUGCAUAAAUAUCGUAGAAAAUCGAAACCUUAUGUUACAUUUAGCUUGAUAAUUGCCCAGUCAAAUUUCAGCUUUCCACAGCAAUGCUGUAAACUUUUGGCUACUUGUUUUCGACAUCUUGUAGAC